CAUAAUAUACAAACCAAGCAACCAUUAUAAUUCCAUAUUAACUUGAUCAUCACUUCAUUAGAAUAUAUGGGUGAAGAAGGAGUAAAAGUGUUGGGAAGUUGGGGAAGUCCAUUUAGCCGAAGGGUAGAAAUAGCCCUUAAAUUAAAGGGUAUCUCAUAUGAUUAUCAAGAGGAAGAUCCUUAUGGUAACAAAAGCCCUGAACUAUUAAAGAGUAAUCCAGUGCAUAAGAAGAUUCCUGUGUUAAUACACAAUGGUAAACCAAUUGCUGAGUCCCAAGUGAUUUUGGAGUAUAUUGAUGAGGUUUGGGAAGGUUACCCUAUCUUGCCCAAGGAUCCUUAUCAUAAGGCUACUGCUCGUUUUUGGGCUAAAUUCAUUGAUGAUAAGUGCUUACCAUCACUUUGGAAUGCAUUGUGGGCGACAAAGGAUGAAGAAGAAAAAACACUCAAAGAAGCAAAAGAAAAUUUAGAGAUCCUUGAGAAAGAGAUUGAAGGUAAGAAGUUUUUCGGAGGGGAAGAAAUUGGAUUUGUAGACAUUGUUGCAAACUUCAUUGGCUUUUGGUUAGGAACGAUCCAAGAAGUUUUAGGGAAGAACAUUCUUACAAAAGAAAGUUAUCCCUAUUUGAGCAAAUGGACGGAGGAAUACGUAAAGUGCAACAUCAUCAAGGAAAAUUCACCUUCAAAAGAUCGUCUAUUUGCGUUUUUUAAGCUUCGUCAUGAAACCAUCGAGGCUUCAAAGUAGUAGAUUGUGUAAUAACUUCUUGUUCUCUCAAAGAUCGUCUUAUUUUGCUUUUUAAGUUUUUGAAUUUUUUCUUUGAAUAAAGCACCAUGUUUUUUCCUCUCGUUAUAGAUAGGAUUUUAUCAAAUAUUAAUGUUUAUGUAUUUAUCAUGCUCUCUUCA